CAACAGAAUUUUUUUAAAAAAAAUGGAGAAGGCUUCAAUGGGUUCUUCACAAAAGAAACCACAUGCCUUGUGCUUACCAGCCCCAACACAAGGCCAUAUUAACCCAAUGCUAAAAGUUGCUAAAAUCCUCCACUCCAAAGGGUUUCAUAUUACCUUCGUUAACACCGAGUUCAACCAUCAACGGCUCCUCAAAUCUCAGGGCUCCGACGCCCUACAUGGCCUCCCUACCUUCUGUUUCGAGACCAUUCUUGAUGGCCUUCCUCCGCCACAGAACCCUGAUGCGACGCAAGAUGUUGAAUCCUUAUGCAAGUCCUUCGAUAAAAAUUUUAUGGGUCCCUUUCAAAGUCUCCUUACCAAACUGAAUGCCUCAUCUUCUCCGGUGACUUGUAUAGUGGCUGACGCUGUUAUGGGCUUCACCCAUGAUGUGGCCAGCGAAUUUGAUAUCCCGGAGAUAGUUCUAUGGACCAGCGGUGUUGGUUGUCUAAUAUGUAUUCAUGAGUAUCCCAGUCUUUUAGAGAGAGGAUUAAUGCCACGUAAAGAUUCGAGUACUUUAGUAAAUGGGUAUUUAGAUACCCUGAUAGAUUGUGCACCAACCAUGUCUGGUUUACGACUAAAAGACAUGCCUUCAUAUUUCAGAAACGCCAGCUCUUUUGACGACUACAUGGGUGAGUUUUUGUGUUUACAAGUAGAGAGAGCAAAAAGAGCUUCUGCUAUCAUCAUCAACACCUUUCAUGAACUAGACCAUGACCUUUUGGAAAUGCUUUGUUCAACAUUUCCUCCAUGUUAUGAAAUUGGUCCUUUGAAUUUACUAGAGAAGACAAUUGUUGAUGACUCUGUAGCAUCACUCAGUUCAAGUCUAUGGAAAGAAGAAGACAAAUGUUUGGAAUGGCUAGAAUCUAAACCACUAUCUUCAGUUAUUUAUGUGAAUUUCGGUAGCCUCACAGUGAUGACACAUGAACACCUAGUCGAGUUUUGUUGGGGACUUGCUAAAAGCAAUUGUUCGUUCUUAUGGAUAAUACGCCCAGACCUCGUCAAGGGCAACUCUUCCGUUCUUCCAGCAGAGUUUUUGGAACAGACAAACAGUAGAGGGAUGUUGGCUAGUUGGUGCCAACAAGAACAAGUUCUAAAUCACCCAGCAAUUGGAGGGUUUUUAACACAUAGUGGAUGGAAUUCGACAAUUGAAAGUAUAUCCGGUGGAGUCCCAAUGAUUUGUUGGCCAUAUCUUGGUGAUCAACAAACAAAUUGCUGGUCGUGUUACAACAAGUGGGAGGUUGCCAUGGAGAUUGAUAGUGAUGUAAAGAGAGAGGAAGUUGCGAAGCUUGUCAUUGAGUUGAUGAAUGAAGAAAGAGGUAACGAGUUGAGAAAGAAUGCAAUCGACUUGAAGAACAAGGCCCAAAAAGCAUGCGCCUACAAAAUAAUUUGGAUAAAGUGAUUCAUCUGCUACAAGCAUCUACAAAAUAAUUCAUUGUCUAUGAUGCAUGUGUGUUUAUCAUAUUCUAGACCAUUUGAUUGCUCAAAAUGAUCGAUGUUGUUUUGUA